AUGGCUGGCUUCACAGGGGACCCGAUCCUACAUACCUCAAAUAUCUCUUUCAACAAACUUGUCCAAGCUUCAACCAGUGUUUCGGGAAGCAAUAUCCUCCAGUCCCAAGGCCAAAAUGAGGCCGUUGUGGGUCAGUUGGGUGACUUCCAUCGUACUUUGUUGCGAAAAGGAAUUUCACUUUCCAUGACAGAGCCUACGAAUGCCAUGCAUCGGGUCUUGGUUUUGCUCCAGCACAGUCUCCCUCUGAUCAGUGGCCCCCAGCUCUCUGAUGACUACAACGCAGUGAUGCGGAGCGAAGAGCAGGGAAGACUGGAAAAGGCCGCCACCGAGUCUCCCUGCAAAGUCAUACGAGUAUAUCUAGCAGCCGCAAUAGGGAUGCUGAUGGGCAGAGGGCACAGGCAAACUGAGAGCUUCGCGACGCUGUUCAUUUUGACUGCGUAUCAGUUCAUGCCCCGGGUAUUUGCUCAGGCUAACGAUCGAGAGGCAGCCCAGUGCCUGACACUGAUGGCUGUUUUGGCCAUGUACACCCCGUUUGGGGGUUCUGCAUGGCAUCUCCUUGGCUUGGCCAUGACUCGAUGCAUUUCAGGGGGGAUGCAUACCGCAAGAGUGUCAGAUCACCGAUCCCAUGACGAAGGGCAAAAGAGCAGCAGCCGUGUUUUUUGGACCAUUUAUACGCUGGAUGCUAGUAUUCUCAGUGCAUCAUCGGGUCGACCCUUCAAUAUCCAAGACGAAGACAUUACUUCUGCGAGGCCAUCAAGGUCACGGGAACACACGGAUAGACUUGACGAGUUGCAUGCUUGGAAUGUCCACCAGGCCAAGCUUCUACACGACAUUCGUGCGUACCCCGGAAAGGGCACCUUAUAUCACUUCAGCAAUUACCAGCAUUGGAAAGAGACAGCCCCGUUGGCCAUGGCCUCUAUCGAAAAUGAAGAUGAGAGGUCAUUUCAUCAUUAUCAUUUCCAUUCCUCAGCUUGCCGGGUUCUGCUUGCGAUUGUUUGCAUAUGUGAGGCAAAUCGGGGUGGGCUCGAGAGCUCUAUGAUCAUGACACAGGCUACUCAGGAUUUCGAGCAGUACUUUGAGGCUCUGGAGAGGCAUGCGACCACGAAUGAUUGCACUCUUACGAGUGCGGAUGGUCUCGAGGUGUUCUCGACAGCCGUUGGUCUCAUCUGGGUCACCUAUCACCGGGCGACAAGCAACAGAUCACUUGCCGGAGUUGAUCGACAGGUCUUGGUACUGACGCAAAAGCCACUGCAGCUACUGACUCGAGUCUCGGGGAUAUUUUCUGCAUUCACGAUCUUCCGAGAUAUUUUGCAGAAUUUCACAAAUUCGAUCACUUCAGAGAGCGUGAUAUUUGACUACUCAACCAUCAGUCAAAACGGAGACUUCUCGAUCCCCGUGCCAGCUCAAACGUUGAUGCUACAGGCGCUAGAAAUGAAACGGAAUUUAUCAUGA